AUGUUUGGUGACUUGGCGACCGAAGAUCUUGAGGUUUCCGGCGGAGAGGUUGGCGUGGUUCAGGGGCACCUCGAAGAGACUCUAACCGAGUCCUUCAUUGCCCUGGCAGAUGAAGUCCAAUCACUGAUCGACCGCAAGACCAUCCUUGAGCACAAGCUUCGCUUUGCGCACGAGCAGUACCAGUGUCUAGCCGAUAAAUAUGCGCCUGCAGUCCCCGAGGUAGCCGAAACGCUCGCAAAGCUCCAGCUUCCACCGGACGUGCAGCACUAUUAUCCUGUCGCGACCAACUCAUCCGUCGUGCCCUUGCCUCGGCGCAUCCAACCUGGAAACUCCCAGCACGAGAUCGCCUUGCAAAUCAGAGAGGGGAGAAAGGCUGCUCAGCUCAUGGCCGCUGCCAUGGGAAGGGCCAGCAAACACAGUGACUCUAGCAAGGAGGCUUCCACCUCUCCCGUUACCGCCGCCGACACCAUGACUACCAUGUCGACCGUGCUCGAAAAGGACUUUACUGUUGAGGGGAAGAAGAAGGGCCUCCUUGCGUGUCCCUUUUCUGCUGCUGCCACGCCUCCCGCUGUCCAAGACCAAGCAUCGCCCAACCUUGGUAUUGGCAGUGUGACUGGCGAUGGCGCCCAAGACCAAGAUGCUGCUGCUGCUGCUGCUUUGAACAACGGCACCGCCGCCAUGGACCCCACUCCGCACAAAUCCUCUGACCCCAUCUGCGCUGCCAUGUACGAGGACUCGACGUCGAUGCCCGCCCACACUGCUGCCUCCAAGUGUCCGAUUCGAUUUCUUGACAAGCACUCUCCUGAAGAGAUUGCUCGCUACGUGGAGACGCACAAGCACGAGAUUCCGCGCAGUCAUGAGGUUUGCGUCAGGCGCUAUCAGAAGAAUGAAGAGCAAGUAAGGAAGCUCGAUGCCAAGUAUGGGAAUCUGGCCAACAUGAUCGAGGACCUGAGCCAUCUGCACAAGCCUAUGCUGCCUUCGCCAGCGACGGGAGAUCAAUAUCAAGACCCUGAGCAAGUGGAUGGAACCUCCAAUGAACGAGUAGCGAACUGGGCCAAGUCUGUUUCCGCCAGUGACCCGCAAGCGCCACCGGAAUACCAAGACGAUCAGAACCUCCUGCCCGUAGAAGAUGAGGAAGAUCGUGAAGGUCGUUUUGAUCGUCCUCUGCGAGAGGUGCGUUUGGGGGAAUCACCCAGUCGACCAUGGGGCAUUCCUGUGCCUGCCAUGGAGGACCAACCCCGGAGGCAGAGGAGUCGAAGUCCAAGUCCGGUUCGGCCUGCGGUUCCUUCGAUACCGCCGGCUCAAGAUGGGAUUCCUCACAAGAAGGGUCCAGGGGCUGGGAAGUGUCCCUUUGAUCAUACCAAGAUGGCUGCAUUUGCUUCAUCUAGCACAAAGGUUGAGCAACCGCCCAAGCAGGAAGCAGUGCCGGGAGAGACAGCGCACAGGGAGACGGAUCGCAAGGUCGAGCAGUCCAAACCGGUCAAGGAGCAUCACAUACCACAACCUAUGCCUACACCACAACCGACAUUUAUCAACUUGGCAGAUAUGCCUAUGCCGAAGGCUGAGCCAGCAGGUCAGCAACAGGCCCCCGUGGUCUUCAACUUCAAUGGGCCGGUCUUUAUCGGAUAUCCUAUGGAACAGGCCAUUCAGUUUAUGCAGCAAUUUCAGGGCACCAAGUGA